AUGACUCCUGGUUCGAGCACGUCGAACGCCGAUCUCCUUUCAGCUCCCGCCAGAAGCUCUCACACUUCAAGUCACACUGACGGCUCACCGGGGCUCUCCGCCAGCUCUGGAUCCAACAGCAGCAGCGACGGCACGACGACGCCAGCGAAGAAUAGAGCAAGACAGACAUCAAAGACGUCGAGAUCGCGCAGCGUGGAUGUCGGCGAGGCUAUAACGCCUGGUCGAGUGUCAGAAAGUGCCCGCACCGCACCUUCUUCUCCUGCUUCAGGAACACCUUCUGUUGGCCGAACGCUCCAAAACACGUACAAGGCCCUUCAGCUGCGAGCGCGGAGGAGUCUGCUGGACUUGCGCGUUGGUGGUAGCGGAUCCGCUCGCCGUCAUGAGGGGCUACAUGGUGCAACUCGCCAUCUCCACCCUCACGCGCGUGAUGCCAGUCUUCAUCCUCUCUCUGCGAGAACUGCGAGUCAGGGAUUUGGGACUAGCGAGAGCAAGCUCGGACGUCGGGCAGGCGAUAUAGACGGCAGUCUCGGCUCGCUAGUGACGCCCACCGCCGCGCGUCCGAGCGUCGCAGAGGAGCGUCGAGGGUCGGGGGGGACGGUGAAGGGGUCCAGAUGGGGCAUACGUCCCAGUUCAAGACCCUCCUCCAGCGGAUCUGGCGCGGCCAGCUCCACACAAGGAUCCUCACCAUGGUCAAAUCGGCGCAGGAGGGAAAGAGAUGAGUCGUCCAGACAGUCGGCUGCGCUGCACACCUCAUCGCUCGCUGGAUACGGCGCCUCACCGGACGUAGGUGACUAUGCAGAUGCUCUUGCCAUGGGUCCUUCUCCUUCGACCCAGUCGCGCUUAUUACCUCCUUUAGAUGUCGACGGAAGGGAUGCGAGGGCCUUGCAAGGCUUUCCAGCCGGUCCUUCAAACGGCCUAGGUAGUCUAGCCUCUUUCUCCUUCCCGCACGACGCGGCGUUUUUGCGGACCCGAGCGCAGCCCUUGCAAGGCAUGGAUGGCGGAAUGCGGCAUCCAGGCCCUACUGACACCAAGUCAGCUUCGGUAAAAUGGCUUUCCAACUCUCCAACGACCCCGCUGGCUUCGCAUUUCACCCAUUGCCGUCCUAGCGUCAUUGGGCAUGCGCAUCAAAGCAGUGGAACGAAUGCGGAGAGGAGAAGAGCUAGCGAAAAUCCUCCCUGCACGUGUCCUGCUGUGCUACCUCGACGUCACUCUGAGCUUCCUGUGUUGGUCCCAUCGCACCUCUCACCCUCACCAUCCCGAUCGAUCCUGGAGCAGCCAAGCGCUGCUAGUCCUGCCCUGUCGAGACGACGCUCAGUGAGGCCAAGCGCGGCGCGGAAUAGACUCGUCACGCAGAUGGCAAGCUGGGACUUUUGCAGUCUUGACCUCAGCGAUGAGGACAUGCGCUCUGCAUGCGAGAUCGUCUUCGAAGCUGUUCUGUGUGCUCCGAUACCUCGCAACGUGCUGGACCAGCCGCCGGUCCUUCACGAUGCAACUACCUCGGCUCAAACAAGCACAUCCACCUCGGAAUCUCCCUUGACGACCCUUGGAGAGCAUCUCGGAGUGACGAUGGACGCUGUGCGACGCGUCUUGGAUAGCAUCAUGGACCUCUAUCACUCUUCAAAUGCGUAUCACAACUUCAACCACGCUGCGGACGUACUUCAAGCUUUGUAUGCACUGCUAGUGGACUUGAAAGCCGUUCCAAGCCUCUCACCAAAUAGCACAGCAGCUUGGGAUCCAGCCUCAUCGCCCUUAUCGCCUCAAGACGCGCUUGCACUACUGUUUGCAGCCAUCGGCCACGACGCUGGUCAUCCUGGUCUGUCGAACGCUUAUCUGUCCAAUGCAUCGGCGCCGAUAGCAAUCGCCUUCAGAUGCGGUGCUCCUGAGCAUGGUAAUGCAGAGAAAGGCAAAUCGAAGGACGAAGUCGGCAGCGAUGACAGCCUUGUCAAACCGGCAAAGGGCAGCCCGCUGGAGAGCUAUCACGCAAUCCUCUUCGAGGGCUUGAUGGAGCGUUGUGGGUUGGCGCAUCUUCUCUGGGCCGAACCGGGCGCUCGAUCCGAAUUUGGAGAGGUCAUCAGAUCCUGCAUCCUGGCGACCGACAUGGCCAUACACUCCUCCUUCGUAAGCGCUCUCUCCACUUUUGAAGCCCGGCUGUACGACGAGCCUGUCGUCAGUGAUCGCAGAGAUCGGGCGCAGAAAAUUCGUGCACAGCCUCGGAGCGAGCGCACACUGCUUUGCGCAGCUUUGCUGAAAUGUGCAGACAUCAGCAACCCAGUUCGAGCUCGCAGCGUCGGUCGACGAUGGAGCGUCGCGCUGCGAAAGGAGUGGGAGCGUCAAAGCGCUCUGGAGGAGGAGUGCGGACUUCCGGUCACUGCGGGCGCUGCUAACAAGUGCAAGCAUAAGAGGCGAUCAGCUGCUCCGGUAUCCAUGCCACCUCUUCCUGGCUCUCCCUCAGCCAACGAGGACGGUUUGAGGAGGACAAGCGCUGCGCAGAUGGUUGCUCAGAUCGGUGGAGGCGGAGGCGCCGCUGCUGAGAUUGUGGAAGUAAGCUUGAAUGAUCUGGCCGCUGCCGGUGAGCUAGAGGAAGAGCGCGCGCUAGCAAGAGGGCAGGUCGCUUUUGUCAAUGCUUUUGUAGCGCCGCUCAUGGUGGCUAUCGCGAAGCUUUUGCCGAGUAAGUCAACAUGCUCUUUGCUCGCGAACACGUCGAGUUGCUGACUGAUAAAUUUCGCCCCACGUAGGUCUGGACACGUAUCUACAGCUUGCCAUCGACAACAAAGCUUUGUGGGAGAAGCAUCUCGAAGCAGUUGAGGCGCGAAUACUUGCGGAAGGGCCUUCAAAACCAAGCUCACCUCCAGGAAACCCAUCAAUGACCGCUUUGUCCAUCGCGGACGAGCAACUUGCUCAGCUUCACGGACGUCCUGCGAUAUCCUUGUCCAUGCUGGAUAGCGAGAGAUUACGGCUUCCUUCGAUCUUUCUGCCGCCAGUGGACAAGGUUCCUCUGGAUGCACAGAGUUGCAGAGAACAGGUGCAGCGAGCUAUCGACGACGCUCUGAUCGGCGCCGUUCGUGCGUGGAAGGUUCCUGUGCCUGAAGGAGUCACUGCGGAUCACCCUUUCAUUGCGAUUGACGUCGCGGAUGCCAACAAAUCAUCGACCGCGGCGAUGCCGGACGCGGCAGAUGACCGUCAAAGGUGCGCCUCGAGCGCGAGCCUCGCGUCCUCAAUUCGCUCGGCGGCGUCGUCGACCCCGGCCACAGCGCACUCUACUUCGACAGCAGCGACGAGCAGCGCAUCAGGCGUGUUGGGAUUGGGCAAAGUGGAUCUCCAUUGGUCUGCACUCAAGUCGCAGCUCACGGCGCCGUCUAGCAGGCAUGAAGAUUUGUCUGUUGGUCUCGCACCAGCACUACCUCCGAUCACUGCUUCAACAUCUAGUUUGGAAAGGCCCACAUCGUCGCUGUAUGACGUUCAGGUGCCUUCAUCAGCGCCUUCUCCUGGACACGCUAGUCAGUCGCGGCGAAAAACACCCAUCAGCGUCAUGCGUCGACUUUCUGCGUGGAGCACCUCUAAAUGA